CGCAGGUGGUCAACACGGAUUUCGUGAAGAGUAGUGUGCGCCCCGAGGACUACCCCCGGGAUGGGAUCCCGGAGUUCGCGCUCGUUGAACGGUCCAAUAUCAGCAAGUCGUCGCUGCUCAACUCCCUCGUCCGCCGCAAGCACCUCGCACUCACCUCUAAAAAGUCCAGUGGGUUAUGCUUUAGCUUUUAGGGGUUAUUUGUUUGUUCGGUUCUGCCUAUAGUGUUAUCGGAGUUAAGGGUUUAGUGGUUAACAUUGGACCUUUUGUGCCUAGCAGCUGAGGAGGUGAAUUUCCAGCAGAUAGUAUACUGGAUUUGUGAAUUGUAGCUACUUUUGGAGUUUGUGAAAGUGGGGUAAUCUGUGAAUUGAGUGUACAGUUGCGUUUGAGCAAAGUACUUUUGGGUGGAAUUGUGAUAAACUCUUUGCUUCUGGAACAUAUGAUUGGCUUCGUUGCUGGGUUUUGGUAGUUAGCUGUCAACCGGCAAAACUUCUAUAUUUUCAGUCCAACAUUGGGCUUCUCAUUAGUCAUUACCAUUCACAGGAGGAAAUGUUAUGGUUCUUUCUCCUAGUUCAUUUUGGUCAUGUACAGUGGUGGAACGUGACCCCAUAACUAAGGGGUGGCCAAAAGCCCACUGCAACCAUUUGCAACCGUUGGCCAAGCAUCAAAUAGACAUACAUGUGUGUACAUCUACGGCCAACUAAUAGAUUCAAGGGUGGUUCGAGGCUUCUUGUGUCCUCGAUAACACUCCACCGCUAGUCAUGUAUACUGUCAUGUAUUCAUCUAAAAAUAUUUGCUUCCUCUGAUUGUAAUGUUUGUUUUUGGAAGGUCUAGUCAACCAGGUACUGUCUUGUCCAUGCAUUUAACUUUUAAGAGCUAUCAUCCCAUGCAAACGUGAAUCUGGGAAUGUCUGGCCAAAGAUAAUAGUAUUAAUGUAUAACGCCAGGUGAAAUUCCAUGAAAUUGUGCUGUCUAGAAUCAACAUUAUCCCAAGAAAAUAUCUUUGUGAAUUUAUGGCAUAGCCUUCUUUUGGUUGCUGAUUCACAUGGCUGUAUAUUUACACUUUGGUGAUAUAGCUACUAAGAGACUUGGUUGAUACCAUUAAUCUUGAUGAUUGUUUUUAUCAUUGCAUGGAAAACCCAAUGUAUCAAUCAUUUCGAAGUGAAUGACAGCUGGUAUCUGGUUGACUUGCCUGGUUAUGAAUAUGCUUCUGCACCACAGGAAGCUCGUACAAAUUGGGAUGAAUUUACUAGAAAUUACUUCCCUAGCAGGGAGAAUUUGGUGUCACUUUUUCUCCUUAUAGAUGCAAGUAUUCCAGCUAAGAAGAUUGAUCUUGACUAUGCUAGUUGGCUUGGUCAAAACAAGGUCCCCAUGACACUAGUGUUCACGAAAUGUGACAAGCGCAAGAAGAAAAACAGUGGCAGGAGACCGGAAGAAAAUGCAGAAACCUUCCAAGGCUUGAUCCGUGAAUAUUUUGAGGCGGUGCCUCCUUGGAUCAUGACGAGCAGCGUGACCAACCAAGGCCGUGACGAGAUACUUCUGCACAUGUCUCAGCUUAGAAAUUAUUGGCUUAAGCAUUGAGAUGGAAAUACCAAUAGUACUGAAGCAACAGCAAUGGCAUGCAAGCCCUGUUGUCCAUUGAUGCAUCCAUCGGCACCUUUGCAAUCAGGUCUUCACCAACUAACUUGCCUUUUGAGCUGUUGAUUGUCCACUAUUGCCUCUGUACAUGAUUACUCAAUCAACACUCUAGCAAUAUAAACAAGGUGCUAAAAAAAAUCAGCUGA